AUGGCAGCAGAAGCUCAGAAAAUAGUGGUGAUCCAGGAUGCGUCGAAAGAUCUUGUUAGUUCGGGCACAAUUCAAUCAGUCCUGCAACACUUAUCACAUAACCCUGGGGAUGAACUUACACUUCUUGCAGUUCUUCACCAGGUUAAUAACCCUAGUACGUUAGCUGGGAGACUGUUGGGAUACAGGACCAAGAUGGAUUCAAGUUCAGUUUUCGGAACGAACCAGAAAGUCAUUGAGGAAGAGAUUGAGAGGAAAACAGAGGAGUAUCGUAACAAAGUGGAAAUUAUAAUGAUUUCCCAAAUAUGUGAAAGCGCAGAGAUUAAGUUCAACAUGGAGGUACUCGCUGGCUCGUCUCCAAAAAUGGUUGCUGCAAAUGCUGCCAAACGAUUAGGAGCAACAUGGGUUAUUCUCGAUAGGCAAAUGAAGAAGGACAAGCAAUUCUUCAUGGAGAAUUUGACAUGUGGUAUAUCCAGGAUGAAGCGUAACAGCUCUGUUGAAAAGCUGAGAGGGCCAAAACUAACUGAGACUAGCAACCCAGUACCUGAUAAUCGAAGCAAAUCAGCAUCUAGGAGACGUAUCAAAGAGCAUGUAAGAUAUGAUGAAAUGAUACCUGGAAGCCCGGAUGAAGAACUCUCUCCUAAAAAAACUCCAAGUCCUCCGAGUAUCAGUACCCGCAAAGAACAAGAUAGUGGACACCCAUGGCCUAAUUAUAGAAAAUCUACCUCAUCAUCAAGUGAUCAGCUGACAACUUCAAGCCUUGGGACUACUGCAACAUUUCAAGAACAAGAAGGCAGUGCAAAUACCGCAAGAGGUAAAACAGCAGUCCCACCUCCAAUUGCAUGGAGGCAAAUGAGGGAUCAUAAGGAAACAUACAACGCUGUGAGCCAAGAUGAACCUAAACAACACAGCUACAAGAAUGAUUGGAUUGGAGAAUUUCAAGCAGAUGAGGAUUUUAAGAAUUCAAUCUGCACAUUUUGCAAUAAUCAGCGGCCAAAGAUUGGAUGGAAGAGAGAUUUUACUUAUGCAGAACUUCAAGCUGCUACUGAUAACUUUUCUGCAAAGAACUAUCUAUCUGAAGGUGGAUUUGGUUCAGUCUACAAAGGUGAACUGAAUGGAAUGAAGAUUGCUGUAAAGCAGCAUAAAAAUGCAAGCUUCCAAGGAGAAAAAGAAUUUAAGUCUGAAGUUCAUGUACUCAGCAAGGCAAGACAUGAAAAUCUGGUUAUGCUAUUAGGUUCAUGUUCGGAGGGAAGACAGAGGCUCCUUGUCUACGAAUAUGUUUGCAACCGUUCUUUGGAUCAGCAUUUAUCAACACAUGCCUCCAGACCUCUCAGUUGGGAUAAGAAGAUCAAGAUCGCCACUGGGGCUGCAAAAGGGUUAAAAUAUCUGCACGAGAACAACAUCAUCCAUAGGGACGUGAGACCAAACAACAUUCUCGUGACGCAUGAUUAUGAAUCCCUGCUGGGAGACUUUGGCCUCGCAAGAACUCAACAUGAGGACCCGGAUCAAUCAUCAGACACAACAAGAGUUGUCGGAACUUUGGGAUAUUUGGCACCAGAAUAUGCAGAAAGUGGAAAAGUGUCAACCAAGACAGAUGUUUAUGCUUUCGGGGUCAUUCUGUUGCAGCUUAUCACAGGAAUGAGGCCUACAGACAAGAAGCUAGGAGGGAAAAGUCUUGUGGGAUGGGCAAGACCACUAUUGAAAGAAAGGAAUUAUCCAGAUUUAAUUGAUCCAAGGAAUGUAGAUGCGCAUGAUGUGCACCAACUAUACUGGAUGGUUCGGGUAGCAGAGAAAUGUCUCACCAGGGAUCCUCAGAAGAGAUUAACAAUGGAUAAGGUAGCAAAUGCUUUAGAUCACCUGAAUGAAGCCAACCAAAUGUGUAUCAUUGGAGACUUCUCCCCAGCACAUUCGGAAUCUGCUGGAAGCGUACCAGACUCUAUUGAGUCACAUGGUGAAGGGGACAAUUACAUUAGUAUAGACAUCACUCCCUCAGGAAGCUACAUGAAUCACACAACCGGAAAACUAUUGCCAAUAUCGCCUUCCCCUCCAUCAACAAGUUCAGAAAGGUCAUGCUUUUCUACUGUGUCAGAGCAAUCCACCUUGGAUAGCAGUGAAAGUGUUGAAGAGAAGAGAUAAAUAACAGAAACAAUGGUACAGUAACUUUCUAGUUGGUGUCCAAACUGGUGAUGGCCUAGUUCAGGACGAUCCAGAUGAGAAUUAGAGAUACAGGGCUGUCUUUGCUGGAACAGCUUUCCGAUCUCUAGAGACUCAGGGAACUAUUUGGCUUGCUUCUUAUUGCCGAAUACUGUGAUAGUUUGAUAUUGAUUUCACAGUGGAUCA